AAUAGGCCACAUUUAUGGGGCUAAAUUAUGACAACCUGGUCCUAACUGGAGUUACCCAGCCCUAAAUUUUAUCAUUGGGUUUAAAUGACAACCCAAUGAUACAAUUUAGGGCCGGUAACUCCAGCUAGGGCUGAGGUACAUGUAACUCUACUUCUUGAGUCAGAAGGCUGCUCAUUCCAGAAGUAAAGUAACUCCAGCUUAUUCAUCAUUAAAAAAAACAGGUAAACAAAGUGUGAUGUCAUCAUCAGUACAGAGGUAUUUCAUCCUAUGCAGGCAGACCUCGGCAAGUGCAGUCAACAUGCUGAAAGUCAUGAACCAUAGGCUAGUCGCAAGAGUCAAACAAUUUCAACCCAUCACCCUCGCCUGUGGGACGAAUCUGAGGAAAUGUCAUACCUCUGCAAAAAAAGAUGACAGCGAGUUGCCAUGGCAACGGGACUACUACAAGUACUUCUUGGAGAUACAGACGAGAUUUUCCGACAACGACCAAUACGGUCAUGUCAACAACGCGACUUACUAUUCCUACUUUGACACCGUCAUCAACCAUUAUCUCAUCAAGUGUUGCGGAUUGAACACCGAUCUUAGGACAUCCAACACGGUAGGCUUCAUGGUGCAUACGGAUUGCAGCUACAGAACCCCCGUCAGCUUUCCAGAGGUUGCUCUAGCUGGGUUAUGUAUCUCGCAUAUCGGUCGGUCAAGCAUACAUUACACCGUCGCCAUUUUCCCCGAACUAUCUCAACAAGCCCCCGACGGUACCUCAAAUAAAACAGAGCCUGGUUUGGGUUCCUGGAUGGAUAAAGUUAACUUCGCCAACCACUCUUUGACUGCUUGUGCUGUCGGACAUUGCGUUCAUGUCUUUGUUAACACUGACACAAACAGACCAGUUCCAUUACCGGAUAACGUGAGAGCAUCUCUGGAGAAAAUUUCCGUCGAAAAGCAGCAGAAGCCUACUUCAGAUAGCAAACUUUAACUGUAGAUGGAAUUCAGGUGUAAGAAAAGCCAAAUUUAUCGUUAUGAAAGUGUGGUCCCAGAUAGAGGGGUGAACCUACAUUUUUAGUUUGUCUUUAUAUUUCCAUUCAUACAUUCAUGCGUAUAUCCUGCUAGGUGAAAGCCAAGCACAUUACCAAUACACGGUAAUGACAAUGAAGAACAAUACAAAGAAAGACAUCCAGAGAAGGACUGGCCUUCAGGAGUAGGACAUUUUGAUGUACAGGUCCAUUGCUAAUGCACGUAAACAUUAUAACUCUGCCUACGGGCACAUUUUCUUAAACCACCUUCAAUUAUGUUUUCUUCCAAAAGACACCAUUUGAGGUGGAAUAAUUUCACAAGGUAUUUAGUACCAGUCCCGAGUCCUAUAUGGGUCAUUCCACCCGGUUGGGGAACAAUGUGUGACAUAUGACCAUAUUAUUAAGAAAGGCACGAAUGCCUUGUUAGCAGUUGCUCAACAUAAUAUUUGUUGUUGGGUGUUUCAUUACUGCAGAAAGUUUUCAAUCAUUUCAAUGUAUUUUGCCAA